UUUAAAUGGUCAACGUUCCAAAGGCUCGUAGAACUUUUUGUCCUGGCAAGUGCCGCAAACACACUGGGCAUAAAGUAACGCAAUACAAAAAAGGAAAAGAAUCGAAGUUUGCGCAAGGUCGACGACGUUAUGACAGCAAACAGAAAGGUUUUGGAGGACAGACUAAGCCAAUUUUCCGCAAGAAGGCCAAAACUACAAAGAAAAUUGUGUUGCGAAUGGAGUGUGUUGAGUGUAAGCACCGCAUUCAAAAAGCAAUCAAACGCUGCAAGCACUUUGAAUUGGGUGGACAAAAGAAGUCGAGAGGACAAGUUAUUCAGUUUUAGAUAAAUUGCUGA